CCCGUCGGCAUUACCCAGCGUGGACAUCAGUGUUCCACUUGUCAUUCACCCUGCGCAUCAUUUUGAGGCCAUUUCCAGAUUUCUUUUGUUAUUGUAUCUCCCUUGGCUCGCUCCUGUGAGCCGCCGGACUCUGAACAGCCAUGCCCGUCGUCAAAGGAGGUGUCUGGACCAACAUUGAAGAUGAGGUGCUUCGUGCGGCGGUGUCCAAGUAUGGUAUGAACCAGUGGGCUCGCGUAUCCUCUCUCUUAGCACGAAAGACACCCAAGCAAUGCAAGGCGCGGUGGGUGGAAUGGCUGGACCCUGGUAUCCGCAAGGUCGAAUGGUCUAGGGAGGAGGAUGAGAAGCUGCUGCAUCUGGCCAAGCUGAUGCCCACACAAUGGCGUACAAUUGCGCCCAUUGUAGGGCGAACGGCAACGCAAUGCUUGGAGCGCUAUCAGAAGCUGCUGGAUGAGGCUGAAGCUCGAGAGAACGAUGAGCUAGGCCUGGGAGGUCCUUCCGGUGCAGAGGCGGCUGCCCCCAGUGCGGAUGACGUCCGCCGACUACGGCCCGGUGAACUGGAUCCCGACCCGGAAUCGAAACCCGCUCGGCCCGAUACGAUCGACCUUGACGAAGAUGAGAAGGAGAUGCUGAGUGAAGCGCGUGCUCGUCUAGCAAACACACAGGGAAAGAAGGCCAAGCGGAAGGCCAGAGAACGACAACUGGAAGAGUCGCGACGAUUGGCGGUCCUUCAAAAACGACGUGAGCUCAAAAAUGCUGGCAUUAAUAUCAAGGUCGUUACUCGCAAGAAGGGCGAAAUGGACUACAACGCCGACAUUCCCUUUGAGAAGCCUGCGGCACCUGGCUUCUACGAUACCACAGAUGAACAAGGUCGAAACGAGAGGCAGCGGGAGAUGUUCGAUCCUCGCAAGCAACAACUAGCGAAUAAACGAAAGGGUGACCAGGACGAAGACGCGGAACGGAAGAAACGGAAGAACGACAAGAAUAGCAACUCCGCCGCAUUCGCAGCUGCCGCUCGCGCUGGCCAGAUGCAGAAGAUCAGGGAGGCUGAGCAGAGCAGCAAGCGGAGGGCGCUCGUGCUUCCGAGCCCCCAGGUCAGCGAGGGUGAGAUGGAAGACAUCAUCAAGAUGGGCAUGGCGGGUGAUAGGGCCAGUAAGAUGGCAGGCGAUGAGGAGGGAGCUCGAGGCCUACUCGGUAACUACAAUGCGAUUGUUGGUGGGACGCCUAUCAGGACACCCAGAGCACCCCCGCAGGAGGAUCACAUCGCAAACGAAAUUCGAAACAUCAAGGCUCUCACCGAAACUCAAUCGUCUCUGUUAGGUGGUGAGAAUACUCCCCUUCACGAAGGCGGGGCCACUACUGGAUUCGAUGGAAUUGCCCCUCGCCGCCAGGAAAUCGUUACCCCCAACCCUAUGGCUACCCCAUUCCGACAAGGCAACGGCGUCGGCGCUACACCUAUGCGCGGUGGCAUCGGACCCGGCGCUACUCCGCUGCGGACACCUCGAGAUCAUUUUGCGCUCAAUCAGGCAGAGGCCGGGCAGCUUAUUGGCAGUACCCCCCGCGAUAUCAAGAUGUACGAGAAGAAUGCACGUCAGACUAUUCGCGGCAAGCUCGCUGCGCUUCCCAAACCCAAAGAGACGGAGUGGGAGCUUGAAGAACUUCCCACAGAGUCCAAUGAGCCCUCGGUAGCCGCUGAGGAUACCGAAGAAGAUGCGGCUGAACGUGAUAGGAGAGAGAGAGAGGCGCGAGAACGUGCCGCCCAGGCCGAACUCAAACGUCAGACACAGGUAUAUCAGCGCGCCCUACCCCGACCAAGCGUUCUCGAUAUCGAUGCGAUGCUGGAACGGGUAUCACAUAUCACGGAUCCCAUCUCUGGAUUGAUUGCCAAGGAAGCCGCUCUCUUGAUCGCCCACGAUGCCCGCAAAUUCCCCGUUCCCGGCGCUAAAGUGGAGGGCAAGGCACGGAAACUGGAGCGACUUGACGACAGUUUGAUUGAGCAGGCCCGUGCAGCUGUCACGGCGGAAGCUUCGACAUCCGGAAAACUCGAGGAGUGGCAAGAGAACUUUGAUGAGCAGUGGUCAAACAAGCAUUCUGAUGUUCUACCUGGUCUUGCCAAUUAUACCGAUGAGGAGGAAGACUUCUUCCAACAAGAGCAGCGCAUGAUCAGCGCUUUCGAUAGCGAACAAGCCUCAUUGCUGGCCACAGCUGAGCGAGGCAACAAGCUGGAGAAGAAGCUUGCAUUACACUAUGGUGGCUAUCAGAACCGGGCGAAAACGCUUCGCACGAAGAUCGUCGAAGCCAGCGAUGCACUUCAAAGAUCGAAAGAUGAACUCGAUGCUUUCCGAACUCUCCAGAUCUCAGAGGAUUCGGCGAUCUCGCGAAGGCUGGAGAAGCUUCGUGAUGAUGUUGCUUUCGUCAUGAGGAGAGAGCGCGAAGCGCAGGACCUCUACAAGAGCAGGAAGGACGAGCUGGAUGAGCUGGUGACAGGCACUGGGGCUCGGAGGCGAACCAAAGCAACGUUACGUACCGAAGCAGGCAAGCUGGGGAUGAACCAAAAGCGGAUGGCAAAAAAUAAUCGUCCCUCGAGCACCAUGGGCGGCAGGGACGAAACCGGCACACCGGACCCCGUUGAGAAAGGGUUCGCCACCCUCAAUACCAUCCGGAUCGGUGUGAAAGCUAUGGUACAGAAAGAUGGAGAGUUACGAAAAGCGGAAAUCUUGUCUAUAAAGCAGCGAAAAGACGGUCCUUCCUUUUAUGUCCAUUAUGUUGAUUUCAACAAGCGUCUGGAUGAGUGGAUUGCCUCGUCGCGCAUCGAUCUGUCGCAUGAGGUUGAAUGGCCCCAGCCAGAGAAACCGGAGAAGAAGAAAGCCGGCCCCGGCAACAAAGCUCCGAGCAAGAACACGCAGAAACGCGCCCGAGCCGAGAGCCGCGACGUAUCAGCGACCCCGGAUCUCCUCACGGGGAAGAACGCCAACGUCGGCAAAGCCCAGCGUCCCUCGAAGGCAGGUGGGAAGGAGAACCGCGGCGAUGAGACGCCGGCCAACCUCUCCAUCGGCGGCGGCUCCGAGGCCGUCUCCGCGGACGGGACGCCCAAGCCGGAAUCCGACGACGUGGACAUGGUCGAUGUCAGUUUCUCCAAGGAUGUCAAGGAAGAGGAGAAAGCCCUGGGCCUCAUGUCCCGCGAGGAGGAGAUCGAACGGCUGCGGACCAGCGGCAGUAUGACGCAGAACCCGACGGAGAUCCACCGCGUGCGGAACUUGACGCGCCUGCAGAUGGGCAAGUACGACGUGGAGCCGUGGUAUUUCUCGCCCUACCCGGCUUCGUUUUCGGACGCGGACAUCGUGUACAUCGACGAGUUCUGCCUGGGGUACUUCGACAACAAGAGGUCGUUCGAGCGCCACCGCUCCAAGUGCACGCUGGUACACCCGCCCGGCAACGAGAUCUACCGGGACGACUACAUCUCCUUCUUCGAGGUCGACGGCCGCCGUCAGCGCACCUGGUGCCGCAACCUCUGUCUGCUCAGCAAGCUGUUCCUGGACCACAAGACGCUCUACUACGACGUCGACCCCUUUCUGUUCUACUGCAUGUGCAGCCGCGACGAGACCGGCUGCCACCUGGUCGGCUACUUCUCGAAGGAGAAGGAUUCCGCCGAGGGCUACAACCUGGCCUGUAUCCUGACCCUGCCCCAGUACCAGCGUCGCGGCUACGGUCGUCUCUUGAUCUCCUUCAGCUACGAGCUGAGCAAGCGAGAGGGCAAGCUGGGCUCGCCCGAGAAACCCCUCAGUGAUCUGGGUCUGCUGGGCUACCGACAAUACUGGCGAGAGACGCUCGUGGAGAUCCUCAUGGAGUCCGGACGGGAGAACAUCAGCGAACACGACCUUUCCUUACAGACCUCCAUGACCGAGAAAGAUGUCCAUGAAACCCUGGUCGUGUUCAACAUGCUUAGAUAUCAUAAAAGCAACUGGGUCAUAGUCCUCACCGACCAAGUGGUCGAAGAGCACAAGAAGCGUCUUGAAAAGGAGAAGCUCAAGGGGGCUCGUAAGAUCGACCCCGCCCGCCUGCAAUGGAAGCCGCCGGUCUUCACUGCUUCAUCGCGCACGUGGAACUGGUAAGGUGGACGUGGUGCGGUGACCUUGCUAUAAGGUUGCCUGCGUCAAUGAUCUAAGCAAGACCUCCUAGCUCGCAAGUUAAGCGAGGAUUGAUACCCCCUUCCCCCACUCUUCCUCCUUCCUUCAAUUCUGGAUUUAUUCCCCAGGAGUUCGGUGCUGCCUUCAAAGAUAUUUGGCCUUUGUUUCUGUCCGGGGUGUUUUGGUGAUCUCAUGGUGUUGAGGAGGACACCGAGGAGUUUUUUUUCUUUCUUCUUCCCUCUCUCUUUUGUUCAGCCUUUUCUUUUCCUGGACGGUGUAAAUUAUGAUCUUAUAUUCUCUGGAGCAAGGAACAGAUGAUGUUUCGCUGAAUGCUCCAAAGCGUUCAAUCAGUUAGGAAGUAGCAGUGGCUCAUCCACACUGCCUAGAUUUAAACAAUCACAUAUACGAAGAG